AUGGUGUUGUCUAUUGACGUGUCAUACUUUGUGGCUUGCUCUCGAAUUUUUCGUGGUCAGAGCCCGCCCGCGGCCACGAGCAGGCUCUUUGGGAGCAGAAUCAAUGCCGAGGAUGACAUUAUGCCCAAAGUGACCUCUGAGAGCGCGAGCGGGCGUGGUUUGAUCAAUUUGAUGCUGUUUUCAAAAAUUUCGUUCUCGCUGUUGUUGAUUGGGCGGCUGUCCAGCGGUUAUAGGGACGGCCGUCAGCCGUUACGUCGUAACAACCCCCACGGAACGGAAGAACUAGGAUAUAGGUCACGUGACGAUAAGCAGGACCGACGGACGAUAAGCGGUCCUGGGACAGGACCGACGGUGCUAAGGGCGGUCCAUGGCGAUGGACCGACGUCCUGGGUGUCGGUCCCCCAGGAUCAGGAAGUGUUCAGCAUGGAACCAGACUUGUAUAUAGUUGGGACUCGAGUCCUCUCGAGUCCUACCUUUCCUAGUUCUUUAGCAAUCAACUUCGUGAUUACCCUAACCGGUACUUUCAGCUAUACCUAA